AUGGGACAGAAGGGCAUUUGCAACUGGAAACUGAAGACUGAAGAUGUCAGCUUAGCAAUCCUGAAAAUACCCAGUUGGGGCUUUCAGUGGGAAGGGUCAGGUGAAACAGAACUGAGGGAAUCCGUUGAGGAAAUACUGCCAUUCUUGAAGAAAGAAAAUGUUAAAUUUUAUUACUUAAGCAAGACAUCUGCUACAGAAGGAGUUGAGAGCUUUCUUGAUAAAGUAGAUGCUGCUUCAGAUGAGCCUAUUCCAUUGUCUUGCAGAUCAGAUGUAACCAAAACUCUUGCCUUGUGCAUUUAUACUUCUGGUACUACAAGUCUUCCCAAGGCUGCAGUGAUUAACCAUGAACACAUAAUGCUAGCUUGUGGUUUGUUUGAUACUGGCAGUGUUACCUCAGAAGACAUUGUGUAUACUGCUCUACCACUCUAUCAUAGUUCUGCCCUCCUCGUUGGAGUCCAUGGAUGUAUCAUGAAAGGUACCGUUGCAACUAUUGUUUUACGUGCCAAAUUUUCAGCAAGCCAGUUCUGGGAUGAUUGCAGGAAAUAUAAUGUAACAGGGAUACAGUAUAUUGGGGAAGUGCUUCGGUAUCUAUGCAGUGUGCCACAGAGAAACAAUGAUCAGGAUCACAAAGUCAGACUUGCCAUAGGAAACAGACUAAGGGCUGAUGUUUGGAGGGAAUUCAUCCAAAGGUUUGGAAAUAUUCGUAUUUUGGAGAUUUAUGCAUCAACUGAAGGAAACAUUUCUUUUAAUUACACUGCAAAAACUGGUGCAGUGGGAAGAGUAAACUGCCUGCAGAAGAAAAUCUUACGCUAUGAACUGAUUAAAUAUGAUGUAGAAAAAGAUGAACCUGUCCGAGAUGAAAAUGGAUACUGCAUAAGAGUUCCCAAAGGUAAACCUGGACAACUGAUAUGCAAAAUCACCCAAUAUGCACCAUUUAGUGCCUAUGCAGGAGAGACAGCAGAGAAGAAGCAAUUAAGAGAUAUCUUCCAGAAAGGUAUAUAUUUUAAUAGCGGUGAUCUUUUAGUGAUCGACAAUGAUAACUUCAUUUAUUUCCAUGAUCGAACUGGAGACACAUUCCAGUGGAAAGGGGAAAAUGUUUCUACAACAGAAGUUGCAGAUGUUUUAGGACUGAUUGACGGCAUUCAAGAAGUCAUUGUAUAUGGAGUAUCUGUUCCAGGUUAUGAAGGGAGAACAGGAAUGGCAUGUAUUUGACUAAAGGAAAACUGGGAAUUUAAUGGAGAAAGUACUUACAGACACGUUAACACUCACCUUCCAAACUACACAAGACCUCGUCUUAUAAGGAUUAAGAGUGCCAUUGAACUUACAGCAACUUUUAAAUACCGUAAAGUACAACUAGUGGAAAAGGGUUUCAAUCCAGCAGUCAUCAAAGAUCGCCUGUAUUUCCUGAAUGACAAAGAAAACCUGUAUGUACAAAUGACCUAGGACACUUAUAACUCAGUAAAAAAACAUGACUUCAAGUUGUGA